CCUUCUCUUUAGUAAUAUGUAAAUUGAUGAUCUGGUAAAAUCAGUAGAUGCAAAUUAUAAUAAUUAGCAAAUAUAAGAAUUAAGAGCUAUUUCAUAUGUUUGAUUGUGAGGAUUCCUAUGUUAGCACCUCAAGCUUUGAAUUCAGAGGCAUUAAGACUCUCGAAAACAGUAUCAGACAUUAAAGAUCCUGAAUCAAAGGAACCUAAAUCAGGCAAGUCAACAAAUUUAAACCUGGUUAGAUGGAUCCAAUCAUAAAAGCUAGGGAAAACAACAAAGCCCUUGGCCGCAUAGUUACAGUCACCUUAACUGUACCAAGUACAAAUGACAAUGGCAAGAGGGCAGAUAUCACAACAAAGACGUUGAAGCCUGGCCUGCAAAAGCAAAUUGCAAUUUAACAAAAGUCAUAGGCAAGAAGCAUUAGAGCUAAAAAUUGAAAUGAGCCUACCAGACUGCUUGCUCAAGAGAUUUCAAAUCACAAUACUUUCAGGGUAAGAGAAUCUACGAAUGAUCUGACUGGAUAAGAUACG